AUGUCAGCUCCAUCGCAGCCUCCCCCUCCAAAGGGAGGCGGCGGCCUUUCCCUCUACGCGAACCUCCUCGAGUCCUCGGGCGACGCGUCGGCCACGAUAUCGAGCGCGCCAGUCCUGUACAAUGAACCCGCAGAACCACAACCCACCAAGAAGCCCUUAGAUUCAGCCCUCCGCUUCCAACCCAUACGACGACCACAGGUCAAGCAAAAGCCGAAACCAUCCUUCCCCAAGACGAUCCCCGGCGCCAUGCCAUCUAAGCCUGCCCCCUCCUCAGCCGAACCCACCCCAACUUCCGCCACGACCACAACCGCUGCUGCCCCUGCACCGGCAGCAGAUCCUCCCGCAAAGAGUAACCUCGCGGCAUGGACCGCGACAGGCGACGAGUGGAAGUACAGUGCCGCCCCUACCGAAAAGCGCCAGCGCGGCGGCCGGAGAAAAAAGAAGAAGAGGCAGGAGCAGAUGGAGACCGAUUGGGACGAGCUGUACGACCCCACCAGGCCGACGAACGUGGAAGAAUAUCUUAGGAGCGAUGAGCGUAUACGGGAGAUACACGAGUGGAAGGAUCUGCUGUACAGGCAUAGGCGGGGUAGGGAAGAUUUAACCUCUGAUAGUGACGGAGAGGAUCGCAGAGAGCCUAUGUCAAAUCAAUUUGCCCCUCCACCGAAUUACUCCUUCGCCCCGCCUCCCCCAUCACCCCCUCGAGCCUCCAUACCCACCGACCAAUCCGGCGAAGACGCCUACGCCCGCCGCCUCGCCAUGUCCCAAGGAGCACCUCCCCCUCCUCCCUCCGCGGCGAUCCCCCCUCCACCCACCCCUCCUCUCGAAGAAAACCAGGGCAUAUCCAUCUCCCGCGCCCCAGUCCGCUACUCCCCCCCGCCCCGCCAGCCCGACUCCGACUCCGAAUCCGAAACCUACCGCCCAACCCUCGGCCUCGGCGCCAACAAAGAAGACGAAGACUCCGACGGUCAGCCCCGCUCCAGCCGCCCCGGCCAAAAGGGCUUCGCGCAACGCCUCAUGUCCAAAUACGGCUGGACCAAAGGCUCCGGUCUCGGCGCUGACGAAUCGGGGAUCGUCAACCCCUUGCGCGUCCAGGUUGAGAAGCGCAAGAAGAAGUCUGAUGCCGACGGUGGUGGGUGGGCUGAGCCUGCAGCGCGCUCGAGGAUUCUAGGUGGAAAUCGGAAGCCUGGUCGGGCAGGUGAGGAGGAGGGUUUUGGUGCCAUGAGUGAGGUUAUUGUUUUGAGGAAUAUGUUGGAGGGUAUGGAUGAUUUGCAGGGCGAGAUUGCUUCGGGAUUGGGUCAGGAAAUUGGCGAGGAGUGCGGUGACAAGUACGGCCGCGUAGAACGCCUCUACAUCGACGUCGACACCAGACAAGUCUUCAUCAAAUUCACCGAUCAAGUUUCUGCCCUAAGGGCUGUAAACGAGCUGAAUGGUCGCAUCUUUAACGGCAACGCUAUCCAGCCCAAGUUCUAUGACUCGGACAGAUUCGAGAAGGGUAUCUAUAGCUAG